CUAUUGUUCGUUUCCUCUUGGAUCACCCUCUUGGCAUCCGCAACGUCAUAAAUAGAAUUGUCAAAAUUGCUAAAGUGUUUGUCAAAAUGCCAAUGAAAUGACUACAAUAUCCCCUUUUCCUCAGUUCCGAUUGUGUCCAAUUCAUGUCGGCUCCAAGUCAAUUUCAAACUACAUAUGUCGUAGGUAUGAGAAAUGUUGCAAACAAGGAUGCUGCGUCGUCACGAACACGUAUUUGAAGUUUUUCCAGUCCUGGUAUUUUUGGUUGAUGAUACUCCUCGUUUUCGCUUUAUUCUAUUUCUGCACAUGGUAUUGUAAGAAAAUCAAAUCCAGUCACAGACCUCUUAACAUAGAGAUCGGCCGUCGUAGUCCGAAUUGCAGUCCACUGUCUUCAGCUGUAACUUCGCCAAGACGACAGGAUGAAGUAGACCACUUUUUGAACUGUCUUCUUCAAACUUAUAACAAUCGGCGAUUACAUAGUGGUCAUAAAAUACAAGAUUCUCCACCUAACUAUCAAGAUGCUCUCGGUAUGCCUACAUGCAAUAGAAGCACGCCAAUUGCUCGCAUUCACAUCUAUAAUGAAGUCCACAACGCCAGAAGAGAAAGAAUCUCUUCAGAAAACGAAUCUCCUCCCAAUUAUGAAGAUGCUUUAGCCUCAAAAGAAGAGAGCUCUCGAAAAUAGUUCGAAUAAUGUGUGUUAAUAAUAAAAUUUUUCUUCAAACUA